AUGGCCCUCCUCCCAUCUACUCCUUCUACACCCCCCCUCUCAUCACAAAGCACAGCUCACACCGCCAGAGCAGCUUCCACCCUCUUUCUCUCCCUCGGUCAAAAAACACCGUACAUCCAUGCCUCGCCAAAGCCGCCAAGCCUCCAGCGCCGCUACCAACGCAUCGUCCUCCACCGCCGGAUCCUCUCCGCCGGCUGCUUCUCCGGCUGCUUCUACCCCGCCGCCCGCGAGCGGAGCCGGCUCAUCUGCGAGUGCUGGCUCAUCUGCUGCUGCCACCGCCGCCGCCGGCUCGCCCGAGCAAAGGCCGACCGCGAGCCGCAAUACCUCUGCCCAGGCACCGGUUGCAACACCAACCUCCACAAAGACAGGGCCGACUACCCCGCCUGCAGGACCUUUAGCGUCGGCACCUGCGUGUGGACCGGCCUUUUGAUCAAGUACCCCGGAAACGUCUGCUGGCUCUGCGCCUCCGAGUUCGAGGUCGGCGAAGUGGUAUGGGCAUACACCAUCCCAGACGUGGAACGCCCGGCGUGUUACAUAACCUGGUGCCUCAACGGGGACGCCGGCAUCAUCCUCAAGGAGGAGGGCGUCCCGGUCAACGCUAGGCUUGCCGGCGAGGACGACGUUCUCGUGCAAUUCCUACAGGUUGCACUGCAGUGA